CGAUACAAUAUGAUUUGCUGCGGCAAUUCGAAGCAGGCGCAAUCGCGGACACUCUUCCCUGAUUCUGUCAUGUAUUGGAGUCGGUCUGCAUCAAAUACCGGCCAUGGUUCGAGUUUAGGGCCAGAAACGUUUGAUCAAUCAUACACCCGGUUCGAUGCUCAAGAGACUCCUCGAGGCCAAGGGCGAAGGCACUCGACCUUUCAAGCUACUAAUCGCCAUGGGUGGCAUGGAUUGGUCCGGCAUGACCGUCAACCGGUUUUUUUUUUUUUUCUUCAUGUCACCUGAUGGGCGUUUCUGGCGUGCGUCUGUGUUGGGUCACGCAGGCACUUUCACGGAGCUAUCGUCGCGACUCGUCCCAGACUACUUACUGUUUCGAGCCAUCAUGCCAUGCAGUUGGAAAUUACACAACGGUCCGGCAAGAACAGCAACCAUACCGGCGAACAAGGCAAUCCUUCAUUCCCAACGCAAGUGCACAAGUUCAGAAGUUCUGCAGAAUAUCCAGAAGCCGGGUGGGUCGACAGUUCCGGACCAAAGGAGGCUGGGGUACACCAUGCUUGUAUUACUUGGCGCUGUCCGAAAGAGAGGUGGUGUGCGCUUACAGACGAUUGGAGAGGCCAUCGGCGGUAACGUUCCGCAUUGCGAAUGAUCGAAAGACAUCGUGUCAAGGCCAGCCGGCCGUUGCCCCCGGCACGCCUGUGGUUUGGGGCCCAAAUGUAAACCACGGUCCCAUGUCGCUGGGCAUGACAGUCGGUAGGCAAGACGAGCUCGUACAUUACCUAGACUAGUAUGCGAACCUUCUAAUGGCCUCCCCAAACUAACGGGCGGAAGCAUUUACCGCCACCGAAAGGGUACGUAUCUGGAGGAUUGCCGCCCGCACAUACCGGUCACCAUUUGUGACGGAUGUCGA